GCCAUGGAGGAGCGCCGCCAGCGCGCCGUCCACAACCGCCAGCAGUUCGAGCCCCAGAUCCGCGAGCAGAUCCAGCGCCUGUUCCAGGACUACGAGGCGCCGCUCUACGCGCGCCUCCGCGGCUUCGGCCGCGCCCAGACGCUGGCCCUGGCCGAGUCCACCGUGCUCUCCCUCGCCGCCGUCAACAACCGGCCCUUUGCCGACUCGGAGACGCAGGCCCUCACCGAGCACUUCCUCUCCAGCGUCCACAACCUGCUGGCCUGGAAGUGGGCCAUGACGGGCUUCGCCGCCUACAUGACGUAUCGCGGCCGCCGCACCUGGCGCUUCCCCUUCUUCACGCCCGAGUUCAAGCGCUUCAGCCCCAUUGGCGGCUCGCCCGGCCUCAAGUUCAUGUGGCACAGCGCCCGCUUCGCCGCCUACUACACCACCCUCUGGGUCCUCGGCGAGCCCGUCUUCCAGGGCGCAAACUUCAUGCGGCAGCGCUCGGCCAUGGAGCAGGAUCCGAGGCUGCGGGCGCUCCUGCAUGACGGCAAGGCUCAGGGCGCAACGCUGUUUGGUGGCAACCAGGAGCAUCGCGAGCAGGUCAAUGACGCUUGGGAUUCGGAGGCGCAGCAUGAGAGCGGUGGCCAGUACAGGGAGUCUGAGCAGCAGAGCCAGAGCGCGCCGACACAGUCCUCCUGGGCGUCUUAUCGUAAUCCCACGGCGACAUCGUCAUCGCAGUCCUCACAGCCCUCCGAUCCGUGGGAUGCUCCUGUAGCAGAUGACUUCGACGACGCCUCCCCCAUUGCCCCCUCCGCAAGAAACAACACCUCCUCGUCGGGCAGCGGAGGCUCAGCAUGGGACCGCAUCCGGCAGCAGGCGCAAUUCCAGCCCCCUGCCCAGCAGGGCCGGCAGACGUGGGAAAAGCCACAGUCCGGAGGUGGAUGGGGUGCAGAAGCUGAUGCCGGCGGCCCGCGCGACAGCAGCUACUCCUUUUCCAAGGCUGAGGAGGAGAAGAGCCUCGCCAAGGAGCAGGCGCAGCGCGAGUUUGAUCGGCUGUUGGAGAGGGAGAGGGCUGGUGCGGAGGCGGAGAGGGGCCCGUGGGGG